AUGCCAGCUGGAAUUGCCCAACUCUUAUCCCUUGCUCCGGGAGGACCAGGUUCUCAGGCUCCUCUCGAGAAUUCGCAUCCAGGGGUGGGGGCUUCUAGCACAAGCAUCAAUCUCAACCCAUGUGUUGCCGCGACGUUCUCGGCACCAUCAUUGCUAGGAGCAGAUUUCCUUUCCUUAGAAGCGUCUCUAGUCGCAAAUUUCAGCGGAUCAGUACCCGCAGAGUGGAGAUUCUCACAACCUGCCGUCGAACUACACAGUACCUCAUUCUGCAAUAUCACCGUGUCCUACACCCACCCUGGUCACAGUGACCUUGUCAGUGUCGAGACCUGGCUUCCAUCCAAGGAUUGGAACGGAAGACUUCAAGCUGUGGGUGGUGGUGGGUGGCGCGCUGGCCGGAUGCUUCUAAGUUAUACCACUAUGGCCGGUGCUAUCGCGGAUGGAUAUGCCACUGUGACUACUGACUCUGGACUUGGAGCCGCUAUGGGGCCUAGUACGUGGGCUCUAAUAAGUCCUGGUAACUCAAAUCUAUACGCACUGCAGGAUCUUGGAUCACAGACAUUGUAUGACGAGGCAAUCAUCGCCAAGCAUCUCAUUGAGACUUACUACGGCAGAGAGCCUUCUUAUUCGUACUGGAAUGGGUGUUCGCAAGGAGGUCGUCAGGGUGCGGCACUUGCUCAGCGGUAUCCAUCAGUCUAUGACGGUAUCAUCGCGGCAGCACCAGCGAUUAACUGGGCCGGGGUCCUUAUCAACACCAUGUGGCCCAGGGUAUACAUGGACGUCACUGAGCAGUAUCCUCAGCCAUGCGAGCUGCAACAGCUUACUGCUCUUGCUGUAUCUGCUUGCGACAGUCUUGAUGGAGUUGAGGAUGGGCUUAUCGCCGACACGAAUGCCUGCAAGAGCAUAUUUGAUCCUCACGCAUACAUUGGAUCAGAGUUUUACUGUUCAUUAACAGGGAGGUCGGCCAACAUCAGCUCCACUGCAGCCGCUGUAGCGAAUGCCAUGUGGACAGGCCCGUUCACGGCUGAGGGCGAAUCAACAUAUCUGUAUGGUUUGGAAAUGGGCACUGAUCUAGUGUUUGGUGCUCAAACUAGCUGUACGGAAGAUGGGAAGUGUACAGGGGUGCCCAACGCCGCUGUCACGCUGUUGUUAGCCUACUUCAUCGGUAAAGAUCCCGCGAUUACUACUACAAAGAUAUCCUUCAAAGAGUUGGAGAGAGCAUACCACUCUUUUAGACAGCAGUAUGACGCAUAUCUGGGGACUGAUGACCCAGACCUUUCGUCUUUUCGCAAUGCUGGAGGCAAGAUGAUUACAUUCCACGGCUUGGCCGAUCCGCUUAUUCCACCGAACAACACCUUGAACUACUACAAGGACGUUCUGAAUCAACAAGAUGAUGCGCAAGACUUCUACAGGUAUUUCCCCGUCCCAGGCCUAGGUCACUGCUGGGGAGGCCCCGGCGGUGGCCAACCGACUGCCUUGUUUGAUCAGUUGAGGUCUUGGGUCGAGAAUGGAACAGCCCCCGAAAGCUCACCAGUCACUAUCACCAAGCCGGACAGAACUCAUGAGACGCAGGUAGUUUGCCCAUUCCCAAAGAAGGCAAUCUAUAGUGAGACGACACUUGGAGACCCAGCAGGCUGGUCUUGCGUUUGA